CAAGCAUGUGCUAUGUUUCAAUCCAGGAAUCCCUUAACUUUGCAGAACGUGAACGCAGGUAAAGCUCCAAAUUGACUCUCGCUAUCCUCAAACCCAGGACUGCAAGAGUCACAAGGCGAUGAUGACGCAACCAAUCGAUAAGCCAACCUCGGCCUGUCGCAUUCUCUCACCUUUUUGUGAUGCAGAGAUGCUUCUAUAUCUAUACAACAAUACUCGAGGAUGGCGUCAACACAAAACGCACCAGCCAACCUACCACGUGUAGCGAUAACAUACUGCACACAAUGUCGCUGGAUGUUGCGCGCAGCAUACGUAAAGCCCCAACCAACAUCUCUCCAAUAUCCAAGCUCACCACCCCACAGUUCGGGCAAGAGCUGCUUUCAACAUUCGGCACUCAGAUCGGUGAAAUAGCCCUGAUACCCGCAACAGGCGGGCUCUUUCAAGUUGAGCUGACCUACCUGCCACCCAACUCCACGGACUCCACUGAACUCCAGGCUUCAAAAGUCUUGCUCUGGGACCGCAAGACCGAAGGCGGUUUCCCUGAGACGAAAGUCCUCAAGCAGCGCGUCAGGGACCAUAUUGAUCCCAAGAAAGACCUGGGUCACAGCGAUGUUGGCGGGAAGAAGAAGGAUGCCGUGAAGAUAGGUGGAGAUGCGAAGGUGGAGAAUGGCAAGGUUGAUGGCAAGGUUGAGAAGACUGCGGAAGAUAUGGUCAAGGAUAUGGAGCUGGAGGAUGUGCCGGACAAACUUAGUGUUAAGAGGAAUCCAGAUGGGACGAUAUGUGAGGACUGUAGAUAGAGCGCCUUGAGCUGGAGGGAAAUGUACACGUAAAUGUCGUGAGGGAGAAGUUCAGAGCCAGGUCUCAUAGGGAGCGUUCACAAGGAGGUACUUUGCAAUUGGUUCUCUUCUAAUACAUCCUAUUGUUCCA